AUGACCCACAGCCCCGCGACAAGCGAGGACGAGGAACCCCACAGUGUCAACGAGUAUCUCGAGGGGGGCUCGGAGUCCGACAGCUCCCCCGACGGGCCAGGUCGAGGCCCCCGGGGGACCCGGGGCCGGGGCAGCGGAGCACCUGGUAGCCUGGCCUCAGCCCGAGGCCUCCAGGGCCGGUCCAUGUCUGUGCCCGACGACACCCACUUCAGCAUGAUGGUUUUUCGGAUUGGCAUCCCAGACCUGCACCAGACCAAAUGCCUGCGUUUCAACCCCGACGCCACCAUCUGGGCCGCUAAGCAGCAGGUGCUGUGUGCGCUGAGUGAGAGUCUCCAGGACGUGCUGAACUAUGGCCUUUUCCAGCCUGCCACCUCCGGCCGCGAUGCCAACUUCCUGGAGGAGGAGAGGCUAUUGAGGGAGUACCCCCAGUCUUUUGAGAAGGGGGUACCCUACCUGGAGUUCCGAUACAAGACGAGAGUUUACAAACAGACCAAUUUGGAUGAGAAGCAGCUGGCCAAGUUGCACACAAAGACCGGAUUGAAGAAGUUCCUGGAGUAUGUGCAGCUUGGGACAUCCGACAAGGUGGCACGGCUGCUGGACAAGGGGCUGGACCCCAACUACCAUGACUCGGACUCAGGAGAGACGCCUUUGACGUUGGCCGCCCAGACGGAAGGCUCUGUAGAGGUGAUUCGAACUCUGUGCUUGGGCGGGGCCCACAUCGACUUCCGGGCUCGGGAUGGAAUGACAGCUCUACACAAGGCUGCCUGUGCCCGGCACUGCCUUGCUCUCACGGCGCUCCUGGACCUUGGGGGGUCCCCCAACUACAAGGACCGUCGAGGACUGACCCCUCUGUUCCACACGGCCAUGGUAGGGGGUGACCCCCGUUGCUGCGAGCUGCUUCUGUACAACAGGGCCCAGCUGGGCGUAGCUGACGAGAACGGCUGGCAGGAAAUCCACCAGGCCUGCCAGCGAGGUCACUCUCAGCACCUGGAGCACCUGCUUUUCUACGGGGCUGAGCCCGGAGCCCAGAAUGCCUCGGGGAACACGGCCCUGCACAUCUGCGCUCUCUACAACAAGGAGACAUGUGCCAGGAUCCUUCUCUAUCGAGGAGCGAACAAGGAUGUGAAAAAUAACAAUGGACAGACUCCUUUCCAGGUGGCCGUGAUUGCUGGGAAUUUUGAGCUGGGCGAGCUGAUUCGCAACCAUCGGGAACAGGAUGUGGUACCCUUCCAGGAGUCCCCCAAGUACGCAGCCCGGCGGCGGGGCACCCCUGGGGCGGGGCUGACGGUGCCCCCAGCGCUGCUUCGAGCCAACAGCGACACCAGCAUGGCACUGCCAGACUGGAUGGUGUUCUCGGCCCCGGGAGCCUCGUCUUCUGGGGCCCCCGGUGCUACCUCAGGCCCCCAGAACCAGUCCCAGCCCCCAGCCCCCAGCACCAAGCUCAGCAGCGGUACCCUCCGCAGUGCCAGCAGCCCCCGCGGGGCCCGGGCCCGCUCCCCGUCCAGAGGAAGGCACCCCGAAGAAGCUAAGAGGCAGCCUCGUGGGCGGCCCAGCUCCAGUGGAGCCCCCCGGGAAGGCCCGGCCGGGGGCACCGGGGGCUCUGGGGGCCCCGGGGGCUCCCUGGGCAGCCGCGGAAGACGGAGAAAGCUCUACUCAGCUGUGCCUGGCCGGUCCUUCAUGGCUGUGAAAUCCUACCAGGCCCAAGGGGAAGGAGAGAUCUCCUUGAGCAAGGGCGAGAAGAUCAAAGUGCUCAGCAUCGGGGAAGGAGGCUUCUGGGAAGGCCAGGUCAAAGGUCGCAUUGGAUGGUUUCCCUCUGACUGCCUGGAAGAGGUGGCAAACCGCUCCCAAGAGGGCAAGCAAGAAAGCCGAAGUGACAAGGCCAAGAGACUCUUCCGGCACUAUACUGUGGGCUCCUACGACAGCUUUGAUGCCCCAAGCUUGAUGGAUGGGAUUGGCCCCGGGAGCGAUUACAUCAUCAAGGAGAAGACCGUUUUGCUACAGAAAAAAGACAGCGAAGGGUUUGGGUUCGUGCUCCGGGGGGCCAAGGCGCAGACCCCCAUCGAGGAGUUCACCCCCACCCCGGCCUUCCCGGCGCUGCAGUACCUGGAAUCGGUGGACGAGGGCGGUGUGGCAUGGCGGGCUGGACUGCGGAUGGGAGACUUCCUCAUCGAGGUGAACGGGCAGAAUGUGGUGAAGGUAGGCCACCGGCAGGUGGUGAAUAUGAUUCGCCAAGGAGGCAACACGCUCAUGGUGAAGGUGGUCAUGGUGACCAGGCACCCGGACAUGGAUGAGGCCGUCCACAAGAAAGCACCCCAACAGGCCAAGCGGCUCCCGCCCCCAGCCAUCUCCCUGCGGUCCAAGUCCAUGACCUCAGAGCUGGAGGAAAUGGUCUCCCCCUGGAAGAAGAAGAGUGAAUAUGAGCAGCAGCCCCCGCCGGUGCCCAGCAUGGAGAAGAAGCGCACGGUGUAUCAGAUGGCUCUCAACAAACUGGACGAAAUCCUGGCAGCAGCUCAGCAGACAAUCAGCGCAAGCGAGAGCCCUGCACCCGGGGGCCUGGCGUCCCUGGGCAAGCACCGGCCCAAAGGCUUUUUCGCCACCGAGUCAAGCUUUGAUCCUCAUCACCGCUCCCAGCCAAGUUACGAACGCCCUUCUUUCCUGCCUCCUGGACCAGGGCUGAUGCUUCGGCAGAAAUCUAUCGGGGCCGCGGAGGAUGACCGACCCUAUCUGGCGCCGCCAGCCAUGAAGUUCAGCCGCAGCCUGUCGGUGCCCGGCUCGGAGGACAUCCCCCCGCCGCCCACCACGUCCCCACCCGAGCCCCCCUACAGCACCCCGCCGGCCCCCUCCUCCUCCGGCCGCCUCACUCCCUCCCCGCGGGGAGCGCCCUUCAACCCGGGCUCCGGGGGUCCCCUCCCAGCCUCCUCCCCCUCGUCCUUCGACGGGCCCUCGCCCCCCGAUGGCCGCAUCGGGGGCCGCGAGAAGAGCCUGUUCCACGCUAGCAUCAUCAGCGAACUCAGUUCCAAGCUCCAGCAGUUCGGGGGCUCCUCGGUCGCCGGGGGCGCUCUGCCGUGGGCCCGGGGAGGUGGCAGCGGCGGCGGCAGCGGGGACAGCCACCACGGGGGAGCCGGCUACGUCCCCGAGCGGACCUCCUCCCUCCAGCGGCAGAGACUCUCCGACGACCCCCAGUCCUCCUCGCUCCUCUCCAAGCCCGUCAGCAGCCUGUUUCAGAACUGGCCCAAAACCCCCCUGCCGCCGCUCCCCACGGGCGCCGGGGUCCCCCCCGCGGGCUCCGGGGCUGCCGGAGCCACCUCCCCGACGGCCUCGGCGGCCUCUUCAUCCUCCCGCCACCUCCAGGGUGUGGACUUCGAGAUGCGGCCGCCCCUGCUGCGCCGGGCCCCGAGCCCCUCGCUGCUGCCCGCCUCGGACCACAAGGUCAGCCCCGCGCCCCGGCCCUCGUCCCUGCCCAUCCUGCCGUCUGGACCCCUCUACCCGGGCCUCUUCGACAUCCGCGGCUCGCCCACCGGAGGCGCCGGAGGCUCCAGCGACCCCUUCGCCCCUGUCUUCGUGCCACCGCACCCCGGGAUCUCCGGGGGGCUCGGAGGGGCCCUGGCCGGGGCCUCGCGCUCCCUCUCGCCCACUCGCCUGCUCUCGCUACCCCCGGACAAGCCGUUCGGCGCCAAACCUCUGGGGUUCUGGACCAAGUUCGACGUGGCCGACUGGUUGGAGUGGCUGGGCCUGGCCGAGCACCGGGCCCGGUUCCUGGACCACGAGAUCGACGGCUCGCACCUGCCCGCCCUGACCAAGGAGGACUACGUGGAUCUGGGCGUGACCAGGGUGGGCCACCGCAUGAACAUCGACCGCGCGCUCAAGUUCUUCCUGGAGAGGUGAUGGACGGCCUGUGGGCCC